UUCCUCCGAAAACGCUUUCAGAUGCCACAAGAUUGCUUCCAUUUGCUGCUCCAAUAUGACCGUAUCUUCUCCUCCCUCGCCGCCGCUCCAAGACAAUUCCGACGCCGAGCGCCGCCUUCACGAGGCGGAGGAUCGCCUCCGUGAGGCAAUUGAGGAGCUGCAGCGUCGUCAGCGCCGUGCCGCUGCUCGCCUGCACCAUCAGCACCACCUGGAUUGCCCUCCCUGCGAUCAUAGUCCUGGCGAAUCAUGUGUCGCCCAUGCUAUAGGUAAUCUCUGCCAGAGCUUCCUGCUUUCGUAUGGCGUCCGGGUCGGUAUUGGAAUUCUUCUUCGCGCGUUUAAGCUCGCACGGCGGCAGUCGUACUCUUCUCUUCUUGAUCUUAAGCAACUUGUUUCAGAAAGAGAUCUUAUUGUAAGAGAAGAAGCAUGUCGUAUUGGUCUACUUUUUGGUGGUUUUACUGGAUGUUAUCAUGCCCUGAGAUGUUUACUGAGAAAAUGGAGAAAGAAGGAGGUUCCACUGAAUACAAUUUUAGCAGGUUCAAUUGCUGGUUUUUCUAUCCUGGCAUUAAAUGAUUCAAGUAGGAGGCGUACGCUAGCUUUGUAUCUGCUAGCUCGGUUAGCUCAGUGUGCUUAUAAUUCUGCCAAAGCCAAGAACAAGUUUCACCUUUGGGGAAGUCAUUGGAGACAUGGAGAUUCUUUGCUCUUUGCUAUAGCUUGUGCACAGGUUAUGUACGCCUUCGUCAUGCGUCCUGAGAGCCUGCCAAAAUCCUAUCAGGACUUCAUACAAAAGACUGGACCGGUUGCAGAGCCUGUAUAUAAGGCUGUAAGGGAUAAUUGCAGAGGUUUUCCAGUUGAUGUUGUUUCACUCUCAGCUUAUUUAUCGGGGAAAGGAAAAUCUGGCUAUUCGAAGUUGGAAGAGUUUCCUUCUAUUAUUCCUUGUUCCGUCAUUCAUCAAGGAACAAAUUCAUGUUUGUCUCACAAUGCAAAAGCAACAUCAGCAACAUUUAAGAAAACAUUCCCUCUCUACUUCUCUCUGACUUUUGUACCAUUUGUUGUUCUGCACUUACAGAAGUUCAUGGAUGCUCCUUUCCGUACCUUCUGGUUAGCUAUUAAAGGCGCUGUUCGUUCAACAACUUUUUUGUCUGCUUUUGUUGGUAUCUUUCAGGCGGUUAUAUGUUUACAUAGAAAAGUUGCUGUGAAGGACCACAAACUCGUGUAUUGGAUAGCUGGUGGGCUAGCUGCGCUUUCAGUGCUAUUGGAGAAGAAACCUAGGCGUGCUGAGCUUGCUUUAUAUGUCCUUCCUCGAGCAGGAGAUUCAUUAUGGUUUAUCUUGGUGAACAGGAACUUGCUUCCAGAUAUUAGGAAUGCUGAGGUGUUCUUGUUUUCCUUGUGUAUGGGAGGGAUGAUGUAUUACUUGGAUUAUGAGCCAGAAACCAUGUCUCCAUUCCUUAGGGGCCUAAUCCGCCGCUUCCUCGCCAGCAGAAUUAGCAAUCCGAGCCCGCCAUCCAACCGAACUGCUUCCUACACAUACCUGCAAGCACUUGAUGGCAUGACAAAACCAAAAUUAGAAGAAAAAAAGGAUUCAGAACCAGAACCUUCUUCAGGGAAAUACAAUUUAGAGUCCAUUCCGGGCCUUUGACAUUGGCUUUUAUAUCGAUUUUUUAUUUACAUUCUUGAUUGUUGGGGAAGAUGGUCCAAUUCAUCUUCAUUUAUGCAUCCAAAAAGGAAUGCAAAAAAUGUGAUUGUGAAUGAGGCUAAGGUGUCAUCCGAUCAUCUCUAGUUUUAUAUCUGAAUAUAUGUAUUCACUUUUGUGAAUGUAGAAGAUCUGAAUUGAAAGAUUUUUUUGACCUCAAGAUCUAAAUUGAAAGAUUGGCUCCCUCGAUUUUUAUUAGUUUAUUUU